CCCUUUUUUAAGGCUCUUCGCAAUACUUAUUACUUACGCUUGCAGAAAACGCAACCGACCAAGUUUCAACAACGCCUCCUCUUCUUUCCUUCACUCCACUCACUCACUCACUUUCCCAAAGUUGAAAGUUUUCUCCCAAUUUUUUCUCACUUUUUUAAGUGAGAGAAAGCGCCGUUCUUCUCUCUCUCCUUUGAUCUUCUCUUUCUCUCUCCUCAUUUUAGAAGAAAAAACAGAGGGAUUCUUCAGAUCUCUCUACUUUUUUUCUGGGUAUAUUCUAGAGGUGAGAGAAAGAGAAAAAUAAUAACAACAAUGGCAGAUCAGAAGACCGUUAAACCUACCGGAGUAUGGCCCACCAUUAAACCCUUCGUUAAUGGAGGUGCUUCUGGUAUGCUUGCUACCUGUGUCAUUCAACCCAUCGACAUGAUCAAGGUGAGAAUUCAACUGGGUCAAGGAUCAGCUGUUCAAGUUACCAAGAACAUGAUUGCAAAUGAGGGUGUUGGUGCAUUGUACAAGGGUCUGUCUGCUGGUUUGCUUAGGCAAGCCACAUAUACAACAGCAAGACUUGGGUCUUUCAGGAUUUUGACAAGCAAAGCUAUUGCUGCAAAUGAUGGGAAGCCAUUGCCUUUGUAUCAAAAGGCUCUUUGUGGAUUGACUGCUGGUGCUAUUGGAGCAUCUGUUGGUAGUCCCGCUGAUCUUGCACUCAUUCGUAUGCAAGCUGAUGCUACUUUGCCUCUUGCUCAAAGGAGACAUUACAAGAAUGCAUUCCAUGCUCUUUCCAGAAUUGUUUCUGACGAGGGAGUUUUAUCACUCUGGAAAGGUGCAGGUCCAACUGUCGUAAGAGCUAUGGCAUUGAACAUGGGAAUGCUUGCCUCUUAUGAUCAAACUGUGGAAUUCUUUAGGGAUUCUUGCGGUUUGGGUGAUGCUGCUACUGUUGUAGGUGCUAGUGCUGUUUCCGGGUUCUUUGCUUCUGCUUGCAGUCUACCAUUUGAUUAUGUGAAAACACAGAUACAGAAAAUGCAGCCUGAUGCUUCUGGGAAGUACCCAUACACCGGUUCGAUGGACUGUGCAAUGAAAACACUGAAAGCCGGCGGACCCUUGAAGUUCUACACAGGCUUUCCUGUCUACUGUGUUAGAAUUGCCCCACAUGUCAUGAUGACAUGGAUUUUCCUGAACCAAAUUCAGAAGUUCCAGAAGUCUAUUGACUUGUAGAUGAGAGACAAGGUAUCACGCCAGCUCUAAUUGUGAAACCUCGAUAUACAACUCUGGUUGCUGGUUUCAGGCCUCAGCAACAGUGUUUCCUUCUUUUAUCGCAUUAAACCUUUCAAAUUUUGCUGGAUCUGAAAUAAAUUAGCAAAAACUAUUGUAGUAUAAUUAUAUGAUUCUUUUGGGGUAGGAUGAAGUCAUCUUUAGUGGUAGCUGGAUUAGUCGCUUCAUAUAUUGGAUGAACUGUGGGAGUUGGAGGUCUUAAAUACAUUGCGGAAGCUGUAAACUCAACCAUAACGUGGUUGAUCUUUUUUGUCUUUGGACUAUUUUAAAUUUCAACCAUGCUUGUUAUA